GCAGGGACAGAAACACAGAGUGAGAGAGAAAGUGAGAGAGGGAGCGCUCAAAGCUAGAGAGAGAGAGGAUAGAGCGUUCCCUCCCGGUGCACUUUGCAGUUAGUUGCGGGCUGCUGUUGCUGGAGUGGCGAAUUAGCUGGUCGCGGGGGAACUUUAACACGCUGGAUCCCAAAGCCCGUCUCUCUCACGUGCGCAGUUCGGAGCUGCCAUGGAGCUCGCGCCGGGAUUCGCGUGCCUAAUGACGCUGCUGCUCGUCGUGCCCACGAGCGGCCUUUACAUCGCCAGUAGCAUAGACUCUCUGCAGCAUGUCCUGGGGGAGUAUGGACUGGUGACUCCGGUGAGCACGGACGCUGAGGGCAGGUUCCUGUCACAUGCCGUGACGGCCAGGCAGCACCUUAGGCGCCACAGGAGGGAGACGGCCGCGAUCGAGCAUCAGAAGGGGGAGGAGGAGGAGGAGGAGGAUGGUGAGCUCCACAGGGAGCGCGUCGACAGGCUCUUCUACAACGUCACCGUCUUCGGCCGGGAGUUCCAUCUGCGUUUGCGGCUAAAUUCGCGACUGGUGGCACCCGGAGCCAAGGUGGAGUGGCAAGAGGACGGCAUGGAGACGCGUUCCGAGCCACUGCAGGGCCACUGCCUCUAUGUGGGGGACGUCACUGGUGAGAGGGGCACAUCUGUCGCCAUAAGCAACUGUGAUGGCUUGGCUGGCAUGAUUCGAACGGAGCAGGAGGAGUUCUUCAUCGAGCCCCUGGAGCGGGGUGAUCGCUCGGAGGAAGAGGUGGGCCGAACGCACGUCGUCUAUCGCUCGGCUGCCGUGAAGAAGCCUCCAGCCAAUCGCACAGCCGAUUUCUACCCCCGAGGUGCAGACCUCAGUGGACUUCUGGACCUGGAGACGCUGUACCAAGGGGUGGAGCAGAACCUGAACCAGAGCCGGAGGGCCCGUCGCCAGACAGUCGACCGGGCCUACAACAUCGAGGUCCUGCUGGGUGUCGAUGACUCAGUGGUACAGUUCCACGGGAAGGAGAAUGUGCAGAAAUACCUGCUCACCCUCAUGAACAUCGUGAACGAGAUUUACCAUGACCAGUCUCUGGGAGCGCGGAUCAACGUCGUCCUGGUGCGGAUCAUCAUGCUUGGAUAUGGGAAGUCUAAGAGCCUGAUCGAGCUGGGGAACCCGUCUCAGAGCCUGGAGAACGUUUGCCGCUGGGCCUUCAUGCAGCAGAAGCAGGACACGGGCGACGCCGAGUACCACGACCACGCCAUCUUCCUCACCCGCCAGGAGUUCGGGCCCACGGGCAUGCAGGGGUACGCCCCCGUUACUGGCAUGUGCCACCCAGUUCGGAGCUGUACCCUAAACCACGAGGAUGGCUUCUCCUCCGCCUUCGUCGUGGCACACGAGACCGGGCAUGUGCUGGGCAUGGAGCAUGAUGGCCAGGGGAACCGCUGUGGGGAUGAGGUGCACAUGGGGAGCAUCAUGGCCCCACUGGUGCAAGCUGCCUUCCACCGCUUCCACUGGUCCCGCUGCAGCCAGCAGGAGCUCGGCCGCUACCUGCACUCCUACGACUGUCUCCGUGAUGACCCCUUUGACCACGACUGGCCAUCGCUGCCACGGCUACCGGGGAUCCAUUACUCUAUGAACGAGCAGUGCCGCUUUGAUUUUGGUGCCGGCUACAUGAUGUGCACCGCGCUGCAAAAGGUGGGCCAAUCAGGAACACAGUACCGCACCUUCGAUCCCUGCAAACAGCUGUGGUGCAGCCACCCUGACAACCCAUUCUUCUGUAAGACCAAGAAGGGCCCGCCCAUCGAUGGCACCAUGUGUGCACCCGGGAAGCACUGUUUCAAGGGUCACUGCAUCUGGCUGACACCAGACGUCCUGAAGCAAGACGGCAACUGGGGCAUGUGGAGCAAGUUUGGGUCCUGCUCCCGAACAUGCGGAGGAGGUGUGAGGUUCAGGACCCGAGAAUGUGACAAUCCAAUCCCAGCAAAUGGGGGACGCACCUGCUUCGGUCCAAACUACGAGUUCCAGCUGUGUAACACGGAGGAGUGCCCUAAUCCCAUGAGCGACUUCAGAGAGGAACAAUGCCGAAUGUGGGACCCCAAGUUUGAGUACCAGAACAGCAAGCACCACUGGCUGCCCUUCGAGCACUCAGACCCCAAAGAACGAUGCCAUCUGUACUGCCAGUCCAGAGAGACGCGGGACGUGGUGAACAUGCAGAGGAUGGUCCACGAUGGGACUCGCUGCUCGUACAGGGACCCCUACAGCGUUUGCGUGCGCGGAGACUGUGUGAAAGUGGGCUGUGACUAUAUGAUCGGGUCCACUGAGCAGGAGGACAGGUGUGGAGCCUGUGGGGGGGACAACUCCAAGUGCAAGACCAUCAAGGGGAACUUCACCCGGAGUUCCAAGAAGCAUGGUCUCAUCAAAAUGCUUGAAAUCCCCCGGGGGGCAAGGCAUCUCCUUAUCCAAGAAUCCAAGGGGACACCGCACAUCCUGGUGCUAAAGAACCAGGCAACUGGGAACUUCUUCCUGAAUGGUGAGGAGGAGUUCCCCGAAUCUCAGAUGGUCAUCGAAAAAGGAGUGGAAUGGGAAUACCUGAACGAUGACGAUAAGGAGACCAUCCAGACUGACGGCCCACUGGGAUACGGGGUCCUCGUUAUGAUGCAAAUGCAUGGAGAGGCCAAGGUCUCCCUGUCCUACAAGUACAUCAUCCACCAGGACCUGCAGCCACCCUUUGAGGACAAUGGGCUCUUGGAGGACUGGGACCUGUACGAGUGGGCAUUGAAGAAAUGGUCACAGUGUUCAAAGCCCUGCGGAGGAGGUAUCCAGUACACAAGGUAUGGAUGCAGGAAGAAGUCUGAUGGAAAAAUGGUCCACCGCACCUACUGUGAAAACUUAAAGAAGCCUCAAGCCAUCAAUCGGGAUUGUAACCAGAAGGAGUGCUCUCAGCCUAUAUGGGUGACAGGCGAGUGGGAGACCUGCAGUAAGUCCUGCGGGAAGAUGGGGUACCAGAUGCGCUCAGUGCGCUGCAUCCAGCCUCUGUACGACGGCACCAACCGCUCGAUCCACAGCAAGCACUGCAACAAUGACAGACCCGAGGCCCGCCGGCCGUGUAACCGACAUCUCUGUCCCGCCAACUGGAGAGUGGGACCCUGGUCCCAGUGCUCUGUCACCUGCGGCAAUGGGACACAGGAGAGGCAGGUCUUGUGUCACACCCGUGACAACACCAUUGGGCUCUGCAUGGAUACCAAACCAGAGAACAUAAGGGCUUGCCGACUGACGCCGUGUCCGAGGAGCCCCCUCAACCACGGCAAGAACGGCAACUUUCUGAUUCAGUGGCUGUCCCGGCCCGACCCAGAGUACCCCAUCCAGAAGAUCUCUUCAAGGCAGCGUUGCCAAGGGGACAAGUCAGUGUUCUGUCGCAUGGAGGUCCUGCAUCGCUACUGCACCAUCUCUGGCUACAAGCAGUUGUGCUGCAAGUCCUGCAGCGAGAACAGCCCCACCCCAGAGCCCAGCCCCUCCUUCCCCAUGAGGAACACCACUGUAAGCACAGACAGGAAGUACACCACGACUUCCCCCCAAACAGCGAGCAGGUAUAGCGCAGCUCCUGAAUACACAUCUGGGAGAUCCCCACCGUUUACCAUCUCCUCCAUCAGCAGCAGAUUGUUCACAACAGUAAGUCCAGCCACCAGCUUCAGUCACACUGCAGCCUCUAGUUCCAUGACCAUUUCUGAGGACACCAGCACAGACCCUAACUAUGACGACUGGUUACUCACCAGUGCCACUGUCCCGGUCAAAGAUCCCUUUGCAGAUCUAAGUGAUGCCUUUAUUUCUGAAGACACUACAAUUCCCAGCAGCACCAUCACCACGGAUGAUAUAAUGAGUACUUGUACCACCGAUACCAGUGAUCACAUCACAGUCCACAUCCCAGCCUCUACUUACCUCAACAGUGUAGCCAACACCGUGGUGCCUACGGCUACUCCGACAACUCGAACCACCACCACACAAGCCAACCUCGCAAAACAAGAGGAGGAAUCCAGGGAAAAUAACUCAAUCGAUGUACCGUACAGGAUUGUCAGUGUGGACAACGAGGUCUCCAACCACUUCAUUCCAAGCAAGAGGCGUCUGUUUCGGGAACGGACGCGGAACAAACGGAUUCAAGAACUCCUGGAAGAAAACUUUCUCAGAAGGAUGAAAAGAGGACCAUGAAUUUCAAUUUCUCUUAUAGAGAUGUGUCGAUCCCGGACUACAGUUAUUUAAUCUCAUGAAAACAUGCAUUGGUGCUUUGUCAAAACAAAGGUGCAAAUGUUUCUCUCACUUCACUUCUUGAAGAAAAGGCAAACUGGAGUUCGUGAAGCAAAACCACUGGCAAAGCUUUGCACCAUUGCUUUGGAUCAAACACAGCCUCUUCGAGACUCUUCAUUGAAGCUAUUUGAUUAAAGCAGCCUUUACCUUUUUGUGUGUACAUGGCAUCGGGCUCAUUUGUAGUGGCACUUGAGUGUGAAACUUCAUUUUUCCAUACCUGCCCCAGUGUCUGUGUAGGACGUAUAGUAUCACAUACAGUAGACCACACAAUAGUAACACGGCCCUUACUGGACAUAGUUUAUUCUCAUGGUUUGUCAUGGUAGUGAUACGUUGAGGUUUUUACAAACAAAUCGAAUUUGCGUGUGACACUCCUAACUGUCACACUGUAGCCCAGGACUGCAAACAUACAGCUAAGGCACGAUGUUGCUUUAGCAUAUAGUGGGAAUGCAGGGCGAUGCUUUUCCUGCCUAUUUCUUUAUUUGCUUAGUUUUAUAUUUGGCUGCCAUGAUAAGAUUCCUGCAAUAAAGUAGAUUUUAGUUUUUGAAAAUAUAAAAAGUUAAUUGUUCUUUUGGGAUUUAUGUCCCUAAAAAAAGAGGUAAUCAUUAAAACCCAGAAUAAUGUUAAUUUUCCAGUUCUGCUCUUUCAGAUGUUUUGUCGAAGGCGGAUAAUAGCUAACCAUGAGAGUG